CCAUGGUUUCAUCACCUUUUCAUGGCUUCAACAUAAUUUAUUGUUCCCUCUUUAUUUUAGCUUUCUGCCUUUGUGUUCCUUUAACUACUCAAGCAUUGAGGGAGUUUUGGGCAAAAGAAUGGGAAUGUGACGAUACCAGGGGCACCUACACUAGUAAUAGUACUUUUAGUUCAAAUCUUGGAAUUGCAUUUUCCAAUCUCACGGCCCUCUCUUCUUCACACAUCUUCUCCAAUGUCACGGUCGGAUCGGAUGAUGAUAAGGCUAACAAAGUUUACGCCCUUUAUGAUUGCCGGAAUGAUAUUCCCCUUGAUAAAUGUCAUGGCUGCAUCGAGGAUGCUGUCAAUAGUACACUAGACAUUUGCUAUAAAGAACCUAAAGAGGCCGUUAUCAUAUAUGAGGAAUGCAUGUUACGCUACGCGAACCGCAUGAUCUUCUCAACUAUGGAACUCACCCCAAACUAUACAAAUUGUGCCCUAGUCUAUUUCAUCAACCGUGGGAUCAAAGGGGAUAUCAAAUCAAACCUCGAAUCACUAAUCGAUGAAGCAAUCACAGAAAGUUCAUCAUCGGUUUACUUUGCAAUUAAAAACGGGACCGAAAUAGUAGAUAGGGACUUUUAUUUUUUGGUGCAAUGUACACCAGAUCUAAGCAAGGUACAAUGCAAGGAAUGUUUGACGGAUGCUUUAAACUUCACGGUCGAGUCGUGUGCGAGUGAUAACCGAUUAUGGGGUCAAAUUAAUGGACCAAGUUGCCAAAUGAGAUAUGAUGUUAAUCCUUUCUUUAAUGUGUCGUCGAACCUUAUUUCACCCUCGCAUUCACCUCCUCUAAAUGAUCAAGAUAUAGAAAUUUCAGGUCAACCUUCAUUAAUUUCCAUCCCAAAGCUUUCUUUAUGUCUUUUCAUAAUUUUAAUGUCUUUAUUGUAUGUAAUGCAAUAAUAUUACAUGUAUUACUUUUGUA